GUUGCAAAGGCCUGACGAGGUUCAUUGCCAGGUGCGAGUUUUGCGACGACCCGCUCAACGAAGCGCAACCAGCGACAAGGCAGGAAAAAUAGACUGAUUCGCUUGGUUGAAACUGGGGCGGCGGAGAAGUUCGCCCAAGAUGACAAGCGCACCAGGCGGCAUCAAGAUCUUCUCCGGGUCGUCUCACCCGGAGCUCGCCAAUAUGAUCGCAAAGAGACUUGGCCUCCCAUUGAGCAAGGCGACUGUCGCACGCAACGACUCUGGUGAAUCGCUCAUCCGCAUCGCUGAGUCGGUCCGCGAGCACGAUGUGUACAUCAUCAACACCUCUUGCUGCACACCGACCACAGCGCCGACGGUGACGGGCAAGUCGUUCAUCUCGCCCAACACCUCCCUCAUGGAGUUGCUUAUCAUGAUCCACGCUUGCAAGGUCGCAUCGGCCAAGCGCGUCACCGCGGUCAUCCCGCAUUUCUUUUAUGCGAGGCAGGAUAAGAAGGACAAGAGCCGUGCGCCGAUCAGCGCAAAGCUCGUAGCGAACAUGAUCGAAAAGGCUGGAUGCGAUCAUGUCAUUACCAUGGACCUACACGCAUCUCAAAUACAGGGCUUCUUUGAUGUACCCGUUGACAAUCUCUACGCCGAGCCGGCAGCACUCCAAUUCAUCCGAGAGAUGAUCGACUUGGAAAAAGUCGUCAUCGUCUCCCCUGACGCAGGCGGUGCGAAGAGAGCAACGUCCCUCGCGGACCGGCUGAACGUCGACUUUGCGCUGUUCCACAAAGAGCGCAAGAAGGCCAACGAGGUGUCGCGCAUGGUGCUUGUCGGAGACGUCAAAGGCAAAGUCGCCGUCCUCGUCGACGACAUGGCAGAUACGUGCGGCACGCUUGAACUCGCCGCCCAACGGCUCGCCGAGUCUGGCGCCGAGCGUGUCUUUGCGAUCGUUACACACGGCAUUCUCUCUGGGCCUGCACUCGAGCGCAUCAGAAGGUCUAGCUUGGAGAAGCUUGUCGUAACCAACACGCUGCCGCAGGCGCGCAAUCGGGCCCAGUGCGACAAAAUCGAAGAGAUUGACAUUAGCCAUGUCCUCGCCGAGACGAUCCGCAGAAGUCACUACGGCGAAAGCGUCAGCGUGCUCUUCAACGAGGUGCCCUAUGAUACCACGCAACCCUACCGCCAGAGCCUCUCGCGGUCUGUCAGCUCGGAGAACGUCGGCAGCGGAAGUGGCGGCAGUGGAAACGGAUACGGGCACGGGAACAGUGGCACGCACGGCCUCUCGACUAAUCGGCAGUUCCCACGGAGCAGUUACACCACACCAGAUCCACCCGAGCUUUCAAAUUCCUCGGGCUUUCUGACCAACGCGACAAGCAGCGGCCGUAGCAGCACGGGCAACGCCAGUGGCCCGCUCUCCACUGCGGCGGCAACGCCGAAGUUGAGCCAGCACAGCACCCCGCCAUUGCCGAGUCCACUGCGCAACGAGACACGUGCCGAGUGAUGAGCGUGACUGCUUACGCUUGGCAUCGCAUCGCGUACAUGGGGCCUGGAUAGAAACCUUCUGUAUUUGUACAAAGUCACUACCACCAUCAUCAUCAU